AUGACGAUUAAGUUGGUCGUUGGAGGGUUUAUUUUGCACAUUAUUAGUGCUUACGCGCCUCAAGCGGGCUUGGGAGAGGAGGAGAAGAGACGUUUUUGGGAGGAUUUGGACGAGAUGGUGGGAGAUAUACCAUCCACCGAGAAGCUAUUCAUAGGAGGAGAUUUCAAUGGACACAUCAGGUCAAUUUCGGGGAGAUAUGAUGUUGUACAUGGAGGUUGUGGUUUCGGGGACAGGAACGGAGGAGGAGUUGUACUGUUGGAUUUUGCAAAUGCCUUUAGGCUGGUGGUAGCCAAUUCGAGUUUCCCGAAAAAGGAGGAGCACUUAAUAACCUUUUGUAGUUCGGUGGCUAAGAUGCAAAUAGACUUUUUACUCCUUAGGAAGGGUGAUAAAGGUCUCUGUAAAGGCUGUGAGUGA